CCUGUGGGCUGACGGACCAGACUAAGCCAGGACACUCAGGGGAGGUAUAUAACCCUGCGAGCAGCUCGCCCUCGUUCUCCAACCAGCAAGCUUUCUUUGUCUGUCACUCUCUGGCCCUGUGCCUGUCCCUCGUUUUUACAACAUAUUUUACCAGUCUAUCGUUAAAUCGUUUGAUACGUCAUUCGCUCCCUCUUUUUCCGAAUUCUCCCCGCGAAUUAUUGUUGUCGCUUUAAAACCGUUUUUUUCUAUACUAACGCAACCAUGCGUUCCAGCCUUGUUCUGCUCGCUGGUCUUGCCGGCUCGGCCCUCGCCCUUCCCACUGCUAGCCCUGAGCUCGACGCCCGUACCUUCGGCCUCGUUGAGGGCCUAGUCGACACCGUUACGAAUCUUCUUCAGGGCCAAACCCCAGCACACAUCCUUGGUGGCAUCAGCUCCGAGGCUGCUGCGGCUCUUGGCGGCGGUGCUCUUGGUUGCAAGGCUGGCUCCAUUGACCUCGAGUACCGCAAGAAGCUUGUUUCAUGGCUUAAGAAUGGUGCCGGUGCUGACCUCGAGAGCUCUCUCAGGAAGGAACUGCUGUCUUGGUGUGAGGGUGAUUCUGAUGAGCUCGACGUCCCCCUUCGUGCUCAACUCGGCUUCUUCCUUCCCCAGACUGUCAGCAUUGCUGCUGAGAAUGGUCUCUACAUGACCGUGAACGGUGUUUUCUCUCUGGCUUCAGAAACCAUUGGUGUUCUCACCGCCACUGCUCAGGCCACUCUCGAGACUGCCAUUAAGGCUCUCGGUGAGAUUGACUGGAAGGUCAGGUCUGGUCUUGAGUUCUGUGCCGCCGGUGGUGUUGUUAACGACCUUGACGCUGAGAUCGUCAACGCCAUGAAGGCCUGGCUCAACAGCAGCAAGUGCACCUUUUCCACUGAACUCCAGAAGACCGUCAUCUCCUGGAUCCAGGGCGAUAUUGGUGGCGAUGUUAUUCAUAUUCCCUCCCUGCCUGUUGGUGGUGUCACCGCCAUCUCCCUCGGUCACACCAUCGAGGCCCUCGUCGAGGGUAGCGGUGCCCUAGUUAGCAGCGCUCAGGCUUCCCUCUCUGCUUUCCUGCAAACUGACGCUGGCCUUGGAAUCGAGGAUGAGAUCAAGGACCUCCUUCACAUCUCUGCCAACGGAGGCUCCGCCAUCAAAAUUGAAGUUGCUAAGCGCAUUCAACUCGCCCUUUGGCUCUCCAGCUCCAAGUGCACGCUUACCAGCGAGCUUAAGGGUCUCCUUAUUUACUGGCUAUCCCAAGGCGUUGAUUCCGCCUCUGAGGUCUCUCUCAACGUCGGUACUAGCCUUGUCAGCGACCUCACCGGUUUCCUCACUGGCACAAUCGACUCUCUGCUCGGCACCCAGCUCCACGGUCUCAUCUCUUUCAUCCUCUCUGGCAAGGGUGUUCUCUCAAUCUCUCAGGAGGCUCGUACUCAGCUAAUCGCUCUUGUCAGUGGUGGCUGCGGUAUUGAGAUCACGCAAACUAUCCAGGAAAUCAUUAUUGGCUGGCUCACCGGUUGCCAACAGUGCUGCGGCGGUUCUACCUCCAGCAACACCCCCAGCCUUCCUUCCAGCACUUCCGCUAUUCCUGCCAGCUCUACUCCCUCUGUUCCUUCCGGCCCUACCUCGACCGGCGGUGUCCCUACCGGUGUUCAGCCCACCGAGUCUCCUAGCGAGACCUCGACUCCUUGUGACACCCUGACCAGCGAGAGCGAGACCCCCACCGGACCUGCUGACACCCCCGCUGGUCCUACCGAUGUUCAGCCCACCGAGUCUCCUAGCGAGACCUCGACUCCUUGUGACACCCUGACCAGCGAGAGCGUGAUCUCCUCCACCAUCUCUAUCCCUGAGACAACCCCUGCUGGACCUACCGACUCUCCCGCUGUUCCUACCAGCAGUGUUCCUGUUGUCCCCAGUGGCCCAGCUGAUACCGAGACCCCUGAAGCUAGCUCUACUCCUUGCGAGACCCUCACCAGUGAGAGCGUGGUCUCCUCCACUAUCUCCAUCCCUGAGGAGACUCCUGCGCCUACCAAUGUCGAGCCUACCACUGUCCCUACCAGCAGCAUUCCUGUUGUCCCUAGCCCGGCAAACACUGAGACCCCUGAAGCUAGCUCUACUCCUUGCGAGACCAUCACCAGCGAGAGUGUGAUCUCCUCCACAAUCUCUGUCCCUGAGGAGACCCCCGUCCCAACCCCCGCCCAGCCUACCACUGACUCUCCCGCCGACCCCCGUCCCAACCCCCGCCCAGCCUACCACUGACUCUCCCGCCGGCCCUGGCGAGACCUCCACCCCAUGCGAGACCUUCACCAGCGAGAGCGUGGUCUCCUCCACCAUCUCUAUCCCUGAGGAGACUCCCGCUGCCCCCACCAACGUCCAGCCCACCACCUCCCCGGCUGGCCCAGGUGUCACUCAGGCCCCCUCUCAGUCCGGCAGCUGCGCCUCUUGCGGCGUCGCUACGGUCACCGUCACCAAGACGGUUGGUGUUGCCUCUUGCCCUCCCAACUACUAAGGGGCCCGAGUUCAACCCAAUCCAUCUAACGAGACGAUCCCAAUGGCACCACCUGCUGUACAUGCCUAAUUCAUAAUUUUUAUUUUCUUGGC